AGCCCGUGGAGUAAUUUACUGACAAACGAUUUCUGGGGGAAAGAUAUGGCGUCUGAGUACAGCCACAAGUCGUAUCGUCCUCUGACGGUGGCCACUUUUCGGCUGAACUACAUGCUGCACGAGCUGGAGCCGCUGGGCUACCACUUGGUGAACGUGCUCCUGCACAGUGCAGUGGUCUACCUGUACGUACUGCUGUGUGGUGUGGUCUUCAGUGAAGUGUGGCCGGCACUGAUAGCUGGACUACUGUUUGCAGUCCACCCCAUACACACUGAGGCGGUAACAGGAUUGGUUGGAAGAGCUGAACUACUCUCUGCAAUAUUCUUCAUCGGUUCGCUUCUCGCAUACAACAGGGCUGCAAGAAACAAAGGA